AUGUUCACCGGGCGUCGCUCGACGACGACGACUUUUGGAUCGUCUGGUGCCGAAGAGAGCCCAUGGCGACGUUUUCCAGCAAUGCUGGUCAGACUCAGCGAAGCUGGCCGGCGGUCUCGUCUAAAGGACCCGGCACAGGGGACCGUUGGACGGUCGGUGAGCUGUUUUGCUAUGGGUGCCAGUCCUACGCCGUCAUUAUCACCAUGCUGUCUUUCACCAGUAGCGCAACUCAGGGUUCGUCGUUAA